AUGUCGGCGCCCGACCGCGCCCGUCGUCGCCGGCAGAGCAAAGCCUGCACGCGCUGUCGGAAGAGGAAGAUUCGGUGCGACUUCAAUUUCCCUGCUUGUGGCGCCUGCGUCUCUGCCUCUGCCCCCUGUGUCGGCUUCGACUCGAUCCAUGGCGUGGAGAAGCCGCGCAGUGUCAUCUCGCACCUCGAGGAAGAGGUCGAGCGGCUGGAAAAACAGCUGCAAGAGACGAAGCGGGACCAAGACGCGGCCCUGCCUGGCGACCAGACAGCCGACCGCGCCGCCCAGGCGAAGGAAGUGGUCGACCGAAUGACGACUCGACUGGCGACGGCGACAGUCUCGCCCGUCUCGCCCGUCACAGCCACCGCUUCCAUGCCCAUGCUCCCCCUCACGUCCAGCGUCUUUUUUGUCGGCUCGCCCGCACCGCAUCUGCACAAGUCGACCGCCUGGGACGAGACGAGGGGCCCGGCGGCGACCCUGACGGCGGCGGCUCCCUUGAUGUCGCCGUCCCCUUCGUCCACGUCGUCGGCCGUCCCCAUCUCCUCGAUCCCCCGCCACGUCGCCGUCAUCAUGCUCAAGCACUACUGUGAAAUCUACCGGCCGCAGUAUCCCGCCGUCGAAGAGCAGGACCUGCUGCAGGCCUUUGACCGAGUCUACGACAAGAGCCCGGCCAAGGGCGCGGCCACCGACUUUGACGUCUUUUGCGUCCACAUCACGCUGGCCAUCAGCACCACCACGCUCAUGUACCGCGACGCCGGCCGUGCCGCGACCGCCACUGCCGGCUUCUGGGCCACGGCCGUCGCGCAUCUGGACGCGCUGGACCGUGACUCGAACGCAACGACGCAACCCUGGCAGCGCGUCCAGGCCCUCCAGCUGCUGGCCCACUAUGGCUUUCUCAACCCCAAGGACGUUGACUGUGUGCGGUGCACCGCGGCGGCGCUGCGGCUGUGUGUGCAGCUGGGCCUGCACCACGAGCUGCCGCGCGAGGACCGCCAGCACGUGUCUCCGGCGCAACUCGACAUCCGCCGGCGCCUCUUUUGGCACUCGCUCUCACUCGACCUGGCGGCCAACAGCACGCGCAGCCGACCGGGGAGCAUGGCUGCGGACGCGUUUACUGCCAAGAUGCCUGCCCUGGGCGCGACAUCGCCUACGGCACACAUUUGGGCACUCCGCCAGAUGGAGGGCGAGAUCUUGUCGAGGCUCUACUAUUCGGGGUGGUCGUCGUCGUCGUCGGACGACCUUGACACCUGGCAUGCCGACAUCCGCGCCCGCCUUUCCGCCUGGCACCAAGCCACCCGCCAGAGCGUCGCCCUCGCCGAGACGCUGGAGUUUGCCGAUAUUUUAUUCCAUAUGCAGCGGCUGCGACUGAGCCGACCGUCGCCGCGGCGGCCAUGCCUUUCGCCCGCCCUGCAGAGCGAGUGCCUGGCCGCGUCUGUGGCGGUGCUGCGCGCGUUUGACGUGAUUGCGCGACUGGGGAAGCUGUUUUACAUCUGGCAUGCGGCGCACUGUGUGGUGGAAGCAGCUAUUUACACGGGCGUAGUCAAGAAAGACGACGUGCCCAUCUUGACGCGCCAUCUCAAGACGUUCCCCGGCAAUCUGUGGAAGGUUGCGCGACGAUGGCCGGCCAUUACACACCAUGCGGCCGCCCUCGAGGCCAUAUCCCAGGCCGUCGUCGACCGACUGCAGCGGCAGUGGGUGACCCAUACCACGCCAGAGGCCGACAUGGCCGAGACGGUCGCUGCUCUCAAACAAAAACUCAAAGACAUGUCACUGUUCUCUCCGUUUCCGGAAGACGCCACUACUGCCGCCCUCGAAGCAAUUACGGACACGCCGCCCCUCUCGGCCUCGACCUCGGCCUCGACCUCGACAGACGUCAACAUGACUGCCCCCUUUGACGCCAACUGGGCCUUGCCACCUCUGUCGCCGGGCCAAAUGCUGCCUGUACAGUCCCUGUCCACUGCGUCGGUUUCAUCCAAUACAGCAGUUGACCCCGGCAGCAACGCCGCCACCAUGGACGACGACAGCAUCCUCGACUGGGACUUUGCCGGCGUCGGUUUUGAAGAGAUCUUUGCCGCUCUGAUCCAGGCCAACCAGACAGAAGACGGAGAGGCUGCAGCAACGACGACGACGACGAUGACGACGAGUGCAGAGCCAAACGACAUGCUCACCUAG